AUGGUUCGAAAACUGGAAAUCAAAAUUCACGAUGGAACCUUGCUUCGCGGCCAUCUCUAUGCUGCUCAGCCAAAAGCCCCAGUGAUUAUAAUGUCUGCCGGGUUAUCCGGGAUCAAGGAACAUUUCCUGCCCACAUACGCUGCGCGCCUCAACAAGGAGGGGUAUUCUGUCGUGACCUAUGACCAUCGGACCUGGGGUCGAACUUCAUCAUCGAAUCCCACCUAUAUUCCCAUCUACCCAGAGACUCUCGAUGAGUCUCACACCUCAUCGAAUGGCGUUAUGAUGGGAACAGAGGAAUGUUUUCGCCAUUAUGCGGAUAUUCGGAACAUCGAGCCUUUCCGAGUAAAUAAAAUCACGCUCCAAACUUUGUUCCACGUCAUGAGAUCCGAGCCCCAGGAGUAUAUAUCUCAAAUCUCACCAAAACCACUGUUGAUGGUUGUUGGUGUCAGGGAUUCCCUCAUUGAUGCCCAGAAACAAAUUGCCGCUUUUCAAAAGGCGAAGGAACCGAAAGAACUGUUAGAGCUGGAUUGUGGUCAUUUCGACAUAUACCGCGGCGAAAUUUUUGAACAAAACAUUGCGACGCAGAUUGCCUUCCUCAAAAAGUACCUUUAG